AUGCCCCUCCACCUCUCCCGCGCCACCACCGACGACAUCCGCGCCCUCGUCGACCUCCACUACGACGUCACCGGCACCAGCCCGCUCACCGAGAUCCUGAUCGGCUACGACACCGAGGCUUGCCGGCGCGCCGCGACAGAAAGGUGGACGCGCGAAGCGGCCGAGGACCCGGCGGACUUGUGGCUCAAGGUCGUUGAUGUGGAGUCUGACGGCACCAACGAUGAUGACGGCGGCGGCAGCGGCGGCGGCAAGAGCGGCGGAGGUGGAGGAAACAGGAGCGGAGGAGGCAGCAGCAGCGGAGGAGAUGGCGGAGAGGGAGGUAUCAGCGGCCGCAUCGUCAGCGCCGCGCACUGGAAGGUCUACCCGAGCUGGCCAGAGGCGACGGCGACGAUGGCAGAGAAGGACGGCAGUCCGCAGCAGCAGCAGCAGCCGUGGGCAGCGGCCCAGCCGCCAGUGGAGCUAGACUGGAUGGCGGAGGGGAGCGAACAGCGCGCGUUGGGGGAAAAGGUAGUGCGGAAGUUUUACGCGCGGCGGGCGGAGAUGCAGCACGGGAAGCCGCAUGUCUUGCUGAACCGGCUCUACACGCACCCGGACUACCGCUCGCGUGGCUGCGCCAGCGCCCUCGUGCGGAAUGGCUGCGAGAUGGCGGACCGCCUGUUUCUGCCCGUCUGGGUCGAGUCGUCGCCGGUGGCGGAGCGGCUGUAUCUAAGUAUGAUAUGA